AUGAGACUCAAUCGCACCAUCUCGGUCGUGGGCUGCCAUUGCGCCGGCGAGGUUGGCGAUGUCAUUGUCGGUGGAGUUCUCAACCCACCGAACUGCAAGACCAUGUAUGAAAAGCUCCUCUACUUCCAGAAUGAAGCCGACGACGUCCGACAACUCCUGAUGAACGAACCACGAGGCCGACCGGCCAUGUGUAUGAACCUCAUCCUCCCACCCUGCGACCCCCGCGCCGAUGCCGGGUUUAUCAUUAUGGAAAGUGAUGAGUAUCCGCCCAUGUCGGGCGGCAAUACUAUCUGCACGGCGACGGUGCUGUUAGACACGGGUAUGGUGAAAAUGACGGAACCUGUGACGAAGCUGGUCCUCGACACGCCGUCGGGCUUGGUCGGGGUGACGGCUGAUUGUGAAGAUGGGAAAUGCAAAGCCGUGGCGUUUGAUAAUGUGCCUAGCUUUGUAUACCAAUUGGAUCUCCCGGUCGAGGUCCCUGGCCUGGGGGUAGUGAAGGUGGAUAUUGCCUGGGGUGGGAUGCAUUAUGCCAUCGUGGAUGCUCGGUCCAUCGGUCUCAAAAUCGCCAAUGAGAAUGGCCCAAAGCUGAUUGAACUUGGCGAGAGAAUCAAGCAGGCCGUGAGAGACACUUAUACCCCAGUUCAUCCAGAAAACGAGAAGAUCAGAGAGGUCACGAUUGUUGAGUUUACAGAGCCCCUGCAUCAGGAAAAUGGCCAGCGAGUCGGUGUGAAUACGGUGGUGGUCUCUCCCGGAAGGUUUGAUCGAUGCCCUUGCGGCACAGGAAGCUCGGCCAGGAUGGCCGUCUUGCACGCCAGGGGCGAGCUCCAGGUAGGGGAGAGCUUUGUCCACCAGAGUAUUAUCGGAUCCACGUUCACCUGCCAUAUACGAGGAACCACCACGGUCGGCCAAUAUGAAGCUGUCUUGCCAACAGUCAAGGGCAGUGCGUGGAUCACUGGCUUCAAGCAGAUGGUCUUGGACCCGUCCGAUCCUUUUCCGGCUGGCUUCCGGGUGGGUGAUCAGUGGCAUGCUCGUCAGGAGACGUGA